AAUCUUGAAUUAAACUAAAAAGAAUAUCAUCCAAAAAUUAAAAUCCAUCCAUCCCUAGUUCAAAGAAAUCUAGCCACACAUAUUUAUGUUCUCAACAGCCAUAAUUUGGUAAUCCCAACAGACAAUCAUGAUAAAAAAUUCAAAGUUAAGAAUUAACAACACCGUCCAAUGAAGAACAAGCCAUACUUGUGUUGCUAUCCCUCCCAAACAAAGCUGGCAGAGAAGAACAGAGGUUGGUUGACGGCGUUGGCUCUUUCGCGAACAGAUCUAGGUGGGUGUUCUCCCUUCUGUGCAGAGCAUAUUCGGCUGUGGGGCUGUCUUCUUGUGCAAAUGCCAACAGAUUGGGCGGUCUCUUUCUGCGGAUAGAUUUGGGUUUUUUGCUUUCUCCUAUGUGCAGAGCAAUUUCGAGGCUUCUUUGUUUUUUC